AUGGGUGGUUCGUACAUCCGCGGGUGCUCCAUCCACCACACCUACAACCGCGCAGUGACAAUGCACGCAACAAACAACCUGCUGGUGGAGCAUAAUGUGGCGUACAACAACAUGGGUCACGCUAUCUUCACAGAGGAUGGGGUGGAGCAGAACAGUGUGGUGCAGUACAACCUUGCAGUCUACACCAGGACCUCCUCUUCCCUUCUUAAUGUGGAUGUGACAUGCUCCUCAUUCUGGGUGGUGAACCCAAACAACAUUUUCCGUCACAAUGCAGCUGCCAGUGGAACACAUUUUGGUUACUGGUACAGGCUGGACCACCACCCCUCAGGCCCAUCCACCACCAACAUCUACUGCCAGAACACUGAACAGAUGGGACUCUUCUUCAAUAACACUGCACAUUCCAUGGGAAGGUAUGGUCUGUGGGUGUUCUCCAAUCCAGGAUAUCACCCAAAGUCCGACAUCUGUGGAAGCAGGGACGUGGUGGCCAAGUGGGAAAGCUUCACCGCGUGGCACUGUGAGCGGGGUGCCGAGGCAGUAUCUGGCACUAAGCUGCAGUUCCACAACUUUGUGAUGCUUGAUAACCAACAGGCUGGCAUGGAGAUGGUGUCUGUGAAGGGAGGGUUUGGACAGGAUGACAGCCCUGGCAUCUUCAGUUCCCUGGUGGUGUGUCACUCGGCCCUCAACUCCAGUGCCUGCACCUCAGGAACCAGUGGUAUUGUGGCGCCCAAGACCCAGAUCUUUAGUAUCUCCAAUGUCACAUUUGUUAACUUUGAUGAGGGUGGAAGUGCUGCGCUGUCUGGCUGUUCUCAGUGCAGGAACUACCAGGGAGGCUACAGGGCACAGGUUAAUGGUCUGGCCUUUGAGAAUUCACCCAACAAGAUCAGGUUUCAGUGGGAACACGAGACAAUCUGAAUAGACGCUGAUGGCUCUCUGAUGGGCGAACCGGAGGCGAAUGUUGUUCCCACAAUGGGCAUCUUACCAACUGAUUCCUGCACUCAAGAAGCAGCAUUCUCUGUCACCAAGAAUGUGCCAGGAUCAGUUUGCCGAGGGGCCAUGAAAUUCCUGCGAGUGGCCGUCACCAAUCCGAGCCCUUCCUCACUGCUUGGCAAGGACCUGGUGGUGAGCAACGACUUCGGCGCCACCCACAUCCCUUACUUCAUGCUCCA